AUGAAGUUAGACGAUGCACUGUGGGCAUAUCGGACCGCGUCCAAAACUCCAAUUGGCAUGUCCCCGUACAAGUUAGUCUAUGGAAAAGCGUGUCACCUUCCAGUGGAAUUAGAACAUCGAGCUUAUUGGGCAAUGAAAUUUCUAAAUUUUGAUAGCAAAGAGUCUGGUGCUAAACGCCUUCUACAACUCAAUCAAUUGGACGAAUUUCGACAUUCUGCCUACGAGAGCGCACGACUCUAUAAGGAACGAACGAAGAAGAUACACGAUGCGAACAUUUCGAAGAAAGAAUUCCAUGAGCGAGAUUAUGUUUUGUUAUUUAAUUCACGACUUAGAUUGUUUCCUGGAAAAUUGAAGUCGCGAUGGAGCGGACCGUUCAAUGUGAUAAAAAAUUUUCCUCAUGGAGCGGUGGAAUUGGAAAGCUCAACCGGAGUUGCAUUCGAAGUAAAUGGGAAAAGAUGCAAACAAUACCUCGGUGGAUUGAUCGAGCGACAAAGGGAAGUUUUCUCCCUCACUUAA